AUGAAGAAGCUGGCUGAUGAAAAUGCUCAAAAUUGGCAUAAGAAGGUAUAUGAAGCCUUAUGGGUAGACAAAAUUAUGCCUAAAAGAGAAAUCAAAAUGGCACCUUUUGAGCUUGUGUAUGGGAUUGGUGCGAAAAUUUCUUUACCCCUGGAAUUAUCAGCAGCCAAACUUCAAAUAGUAAUCAAAGAUUCCUUUUUCCAGAAUGCUCCAGAGAAAAGGGUUAUGUAUUUGAUGAAGUUGGAAGAAGAAAGAGAAAUGUUAGUGGAUAGAAUUACUGAGCAUCAUAAUAGAGUGAAGAAGAUCUUUGACAUGAGAGCUCGGCCAAGAGAUUCAGGGUUUGGUAGUGCUAGUAUGCCUAAUGACUCUCAGAUUAAGAAGAUCAAUGGUUGUCUGGAGAGACGCAAUGAGAGGUUGAAAUUGGUAAUUCCUCCGGAGAUGAUAGUUGAAGAUGUUGAAUAA